UUCCACCGAAUCCUUACACCGAAAGGAUGAUGGUUUUUAUGCGCGUCGCGUUGACAAUAGCGUAGAGCUGUAUCUACACCACCUGAAAAGCAGGGAAAAGGAAAAACCACCGUUUUUCCACCGUUUCGGGGUGAGAUGCGGAAGAAUUCGGACGUGCCGAAAGUGUUUUGGAAGCUAGGUUGAGCCGGUUGAAGAAAGUGUACAGUGUGCGUCAAGCAAAAGCGAAACGAGUUCCAAUACUCAAACAGGCGCCCGCAACGCGUCCGAAAAGUGCUACUUUAGUGUGAAGAAAAAGAAAUACGAAUACGAAUCCUGCUCGAAGUGAAAGUUGGUUUGCAAAGAAGCAAAAAAAAAGGGAAAAAGAAGGCAAAGUGAGCCUUCCGAAAAAAGAAAAGAAAAAAAGCGAAAAAGUUAAAAGAAGUCAAAAAGUCAAGUGGAGUUGUUAAAAGUUAAAAUAUAUUCUUGUCUCUCUUGCCUGUUACUGCUGCCAUUUUUGCUGUUCUGUGCCGCGCAGCCGAUCCCGGGUUUCCACCCCUAAUUCGGGGUGCGUAUCGGUCCGUGGGUGCCCCUGGUGUUAUCUGUCGUGGGUGUGCCUGUAAAAGUGUGCGUAGUGCGUGUGUGUGUGUGUGUGUGUGUGCGAGUGUCGGAGCGAAGGGCAUGUGAACCGACCGUGAACCGUAAUAUGAUUUUUCCAGCAACCGUCAUCCAGCGCGGCACGGCAAGUUUAGCGACGUUUUAGCAAAGCGAUGGUACAACGCAACAAGUCAAGCAUGGAUUACGUUAGUUUAGGCUGUUGCACGUUGGCCUUCGUGCUGUACAUUAACACACUGAGCGCGGGAUUCGUCUACGAUGACAGACGAGCGAUCCUUGGCAAUCCGGACGUGCUCGGUACGGGCGGCUGGGCUCAGAUGCUGCAGAACGACUUCUGGGGGACACCGCUGGUGGAUUCCGGCUCGCACGGCUCCUACCGUCCGCUGUGCGUGGCCAGCUUCAAGCUCAACUACCUGGUGGACGGGUUCAAACCGUUCGGCUACCACCUGGUCAACGUGCUGCUCCACUCGCUAGCGACCGGGCUCGUGGUGAAGCUGGCCCGGCACAUCCUGCCGAUGGGUGGCCGGUCCGGGGUGGCCAUCACCGGGCUGCUGUUUGCGGCCCAUCCCAUCCACACCGAGGCGGUGGCGGGCGUCGUUGGCCGGGCGGAUCUGACCGGGUGCAUCUUCUACCUGCUCGCGCUGCUCGCCUACAUACGUCACGUCCGGUGGCGGCAGUGGGGCGACGGCCGGCAGUGGUUGGCCCUCGCCGUCACCGUUCUGCUGGCCGGCGCGGCCAUCCUCUGCAAGGAAACGGCCGUGACAGCUUUAGUGGUUUGCGCGAUUUAUGACAUCAUAAAGGGAUACGCCGGAUCCAGAGAUAAGCACCGCGUCCGGAGCCUCAGCAUUAUUGCCCUGUCGCUGGCCUUCAUCAUACACUGCCGCCUAACGCUUCCGCGGCCAGCCACACUGUUUUCAACCGCCGACAAUCCAACCGCCAGAAGUGGUUCCCUGUGGACCAGAUUUCUCACCUUCACCUACCUACCGGUGGUCAACUUUAAGCUGCUGCUGCUGCCGGACGUGCUCAGCUUCGACUGGGGCAUGGACGCGAUACCGCGCAUCGGGUCCGUGUUCGAUCGGAAGGUGGCGCUGGCCAGCCUGUUCUAUCUAGCGCUCGGUUGGGCUGUGUGGAGUAGCAGCCGGGCUCUUGCAAGACAGUCCGCGCGCUCGAUAACCGGCUCCUCGGCGAAAGGUGCCAACGGUGCUUCCAGCUUCAAUCGGAAGCUUACCAACAAACUUAACCUGCACCGACUACGGACGGAGGAAGGUGCGCUGCCCGUGGUACAGCUGACCGAGGACCCGGCCGGUGCUGCGGUGGGUUGUGCACUGUGCAAGCACGAUGCGGACCUGCACCAUUCCAGCUCCUGCCGGACGCUGCACAACAACAACGGCAUGUCGUCCAUCAUCUGCGGGUGUGCCUACGCGCCGGAAUACAAAUAUUUAUCACUAGCGCCUUCGACACUGGCCAGCUACUUCUGCCGGACGGCCGGGUCCACGGGCAAGAGCACGGUGCGACCCAGCAACAAUAAUAACAACGAUAGUGCCAGCAUCAACUACAACCAGAGCUUCCAGGGUACGGUUGGCAAGAAGUUCGCCUGUCACUGGCCACUCGGUGACGCGGCGAGCCUGGCCAAAGAGAAACCAUCCGGGGAGUGCUCGCCGUUCCCAUUUGCCACACUUCUCACCACAACGCCAGAGAUAGCUUCCCCGUCCCGCACACCUUCCCUGUCCUCUUCUUCCUAUACCUCUUCCUCCUCAUCGUCCUCCGCUUCCAGUUCCUGUGCUUCAUCGGUGCGCGGCGACAGUGCGGAUGGUUCCACCGACGAGGCGAGCCUUCGGGACGGGUGCACGCUGCACAGUUCGCCCGCUGCCGCACUGCUAAUGUCCGUGGCGUUGCUCGCGCUACCCUUCCUGCCCGCCAGCAACCUCCUGUUCUACGUGGGCUUUGUCGUCGCGGAACGUAUCCUCUAUCUGCCGAGCGUUGGCUACUGUCUGCUGAUCGGGCUCGGUGUGAGUAGUCUGAUUGAUGGUGCCGGUGUCGUCGCCCGUGGCCACGGCGCGACCAACUCGCCCAGCACUACCGGUGGUGCGGCCGGUAGCACGAAGGCAUUGAACCACUACGGUCGGUGUAACGGUCGUCGAACCGGUGGGUCGUGCUGGGUGGGUGCGGCCGUGCGCAAGUGUAUGACCCUGGUGGGUGCCCCGACCGCGAGGGGCGAGUGUAGUGCCGGUGCGAGUGAUGUGAGUGCGGGUGACGAUGCCAACGGCAUCAACCGUAUGUCGGUCAACAGUGAUAAUGGUAACGGUGGCCGGUAUGGCAAAUUCCGCAACGGCAACGGAAUCGUUGCGUCUGGUGCAAGUGUUGUCUGUGCGAGUAGCGUCUCUAGCAAGCCUUCCCGGCAGCCGAUCCCGGCGGCCGGUAGGAGUGGCCGCACGAGUGGUCGCAGCACCAAGGCGCACGGCCCACGGCGGCGACAGCUCGUUCUGGCGUGUGUCGGCCUGCUGCUGAUUGCGUACAGUGCAAAAACGGUGCGCCGGAAUCGUGACUGGGUGGACGAGGAAAGCCUGUUCCGGAGCGCGAUCGCGGUCAAUCCCCCGAAAGCGCUCGGAAAUUUAGGAAGUGUCCUUAGUGCGCAGGGCCGCUAUCAGGAAGCCAAGGAGGCCCUGAAGGCAGCACUCAGCCAUCGCCCCAACAUGGCGGAUGUACAUUAUAAUCUAGGGAUCUUGCUACAAAACCAGCAAGAUUACAACGAGGCUGUGGAGAGCUUUCGAAAAGCGAUACGCUUUCGACCAUCGCUGGCACUGGCCUACCUGAACCUUGGGACCUCACUGAUAGCACUGGGCCGCUGCCAGGAAGCGGCCAGCGUCCUGCGGGAAGGCACCAAGCUGGACGGUUCCGGGCUGCGGGACCGGGCAGCACACGACAACGCCCGCAUCAGUGCACUGCUGCAGCUCGGCAAUCUGUACGCCGAUCAGGGAAAACUGCAGCGUGCCCUCGCCGUGUACCGGGAGGCAUUGCACACACUGCCGGAACGAUAUCCGCCCCAGGGUAUCUACCAUCGUUUGGGUGACAUCUUUGCCCGUCUUAGCCAGUGGAGUGAAGCGGAACGGUUUCAACGGGCGGCCCUCGAAGCCCAACCGGAUCACAUCGCUGCCCAUCUAUCGUACGGGACGAUGCUGGCGCGAAACAGCAGCCGAACGUCCGAGGCGGAACAGUGGUUCCGGAGAGCACUCCGGUUAGCACCGAACGAUGCCAGCGUACACCAUCAUUACGCUGAAUUUCUAUCCUCCCAGCGCCGUACGGAGGAAGCGUUCCAGUAUCGGGUAAAGGCGGCUGAGCUGGCUCCGGAAGAUUACGCACUGGUAAUGGCGGCCGCCUCAAGUCUCCGGUUGCAUGACCGCAAACUCGAAGCCGAACGGUGGUACCGACAGGCUGUGAAAUUACGACCACAGGAAGCCCGUGCACACACCAACCUGGGAGCGAUUCUACACCUGCUCGGGCGCACACAGGAAGCGGCCAACAGCUAUCGGGAAGCGCUUCGGUUGCAACCGGACGAUCUGACCACGCUUUCGAAUCUGGCCAAGCUGGGCGUACCGGCCAUAUCCUGAGACGCUACGGCAGGGCGGCCAGCUAGUGUCCGGAAGCCCGGAAGUUGAUUGCAACCGACGGGGACCGAACGAGCGAUGGCGAUGAUGAUGGCCGGAUGGAAGUGAAAUAUGUUCGCUGGGAAUUGAUUGAAAUCGUUGUACAGAGACUGUUGUGUAGUGUAUUAAAGGGUGCGAUAGAGCGAGAGAGAGAGAGUAUGAGAUGCAGAGAAAAGGGAGUCACAAAACCAAAUAGUAAAUAGAUGAAAUGUAUAUAGAAAGGAACAAAAGGGUCAGAAUGUGUUGGAAGGGAAUUGUUGAAGCAGCUGGAAGCUCCUUGAAAAGAAAACCAAACAAUGCGUAGGCUAGCUAGUGAACAAAAUCGAUUAACCCUUUGACCAGGACAAGGACAACAGGGGAAGCCCGCCUAGUGGAAAUGGAAAAUUAGGAACAAUUGUGUUGGAACUCUGUUGAAAAGUAUAAGUAUAUAUAUAUAUAUAUAUUUAAAACAAACAGCAAAAAAGCAAAGCAAAACUAGUAGAAAAUGAUAAACGAUUAUGUUAUGCGAGCUGCAGACUUUGUUCUGUUUACGGGCAAGCGAAAAAGGGAUAGGAACGGUCCGGUUAGACAACGACGAUUUUUAAUGUGCGUGCCGAGUGAAGUGUGGACAUCCGAGCUCAUGCUAGUAAUCAUACUAUCGACUGUACAUACAAAGUUUAUAAAAAAGGAUGGAAAGAAAAACCGAACAAAGAGCAUCAGUGCUGUAUAUAACGAUAAUCAGACAAAUUGGAUCAACCAUCACAACAAACAUAAACGAACACUUGCAAAUAAACGAAACUGAAACGAAACGGGGCAUAAUGAACCAAAUAAUGAAAUACAAAACCACACAGAACAAACACACACACACACACACUGAGAAAUAUAUUAUCAUACGAACGCAUUUAGUAUCGGAAAGGUAAAUCAACCAACCUAACCCACUCCCUCAUUAACGAAACCUCGCUCACUUCCAGGCAGGCAGGGCAGCUCUCUAACAAAAUGUGCCAGGACGGAGGCUGAUUCCAGAUUGCAUUUUUUUCUCCUUGUAACAGACCUACGUGCAUCAUCAAGUGGCAUCUCCACAAUGUAAAACUGUAAUUAAAGGUUUUGUGUUUAUUAUUAUAAUUAUUUGCGUAAAGUGCGGGUAAACAGGAACAUGGAGUGAAAGGCACCCCCCAAUCCCAUCCCAGUUUGGUUCGUUUGUAAGCAAUCGAAAUAAACAUUGCACACCGAUCGAUGAUGAUCCGCCAAAUGCAUCAAUCCCGUUUUUACCGUGAAUCAAUCAUCACACUCCCAUACAACACGCAUAAAUACAGCUAAGUGCGAGCAGGUGGUGGUGAUCUGAGCUGGGGGACCGGCAUGUAUUUACUGAUAAUGAAACGCAAAACAAAACAAGAAAAACCUAUAUAUAUACACACACGAAGCCAGCAGUGCAAAUACUUCACUCUCCGCAGUGCCGGAAAUGAACUUCCAUUUAAUGAGAAGAUCCCAUCGUCGUCGAGCUUUGGGCUGCCAGACAAAUUAAUUUGCGAAACCGAAAGGAAGGAUGCACCAACAACAAACAAUCAGACAGCAAAGCAGAAUCACAAUAAAAUCAAUGAAAAUGAGAGGACCGCAGGGUCACUGUCAUAUCGUGGCACGGUGGUCAGUGAAAGAAGUUCAUCAGCAUGCAAACAAUACGCACCUGUAUCUCCCCCGACCCGGUCUCCUCUGGCCGCAGCUGGAGGCUUCCCCAGGAAAACAAAACCGAAACACAGAUUAUACAUUAUACAUGAAUAGAAAAAAGCAAAGAAAAAAAGCGGGAAUAACUCACCACACAGGAUCACUCAGUUAAGGAAAAGAAUAAUUUAUAGUCGCAAAACCGACCCGGACCGACCGGUGGCACACGCUCCACGCACCAGGGAGACAUACAUUUAUGAAUACAAUGCAAAUUUAUUAAUGAAAACA